AUGUCUCUGUUCCGCACCAGCUUCCCCUCGGGCGGUGACUUCGCCCCUCUCUUCCGUCUGCUGGAUGACUAUGACCUGCACCGGUCGAGCCGCCAGACCACCUCCAACCGCGCUUUCCACCCUCGCUUCGAUGUCCGCGAGAGUGAGGACUCCUACCACCUGGAUGGCGAGCUGCCCGGCAUUGCCCAGAAGGACAUCAGCAUUGAGUUCACCGACCCGAACACCCUGGUCGUGAAGGGUCGCACCGAGCGCGAGUACCACACCACCGACUCUAACGAGCCUGCUGGUGAUGAUGACAGCACCGUGGCCGAGACUGGCGACCAGGCCCAGACCACCAAGCCCAGCCACCGCUACUGGGCCAGUGAGCGCUCCGUUGGCGAGUUCCAGCGCACCUUUACCUUCCCCGGCCGCGUCGACCAGGACAAUGUCAAGGCCAACCUGAAGAACGGCAUUCUGUCGGUCGUUAUUCCCAAGUCGCCUGUUCCCACCGCCAAGAAGAUUACCAUCGAGUAA